AUGGGUCAGGGCGACUAUAAGGGCAACCACUACUGCUCGCGGGACUACGGAUCCAGCGCCAGCAACUCCAACUCGUACCACUAUUCUAACACCAACGGUUCCUAUUACUACUCGAACCCGAACGGGUCCACGUAUUACAACAACGGAAGUGGUGGCUCGACGUACACGUCUUCGAGCGGCCACGUCACGAAGAAGUGA